GGCCCAUUUCCUUCUUCGUUCAGCUUAAUGAUUUUUUUUUUUUUCAAUUCCCAAAUUAACGCGACAACUCUCUUUCUCAGUUCAAUCGUCUUGAAUUGUUGCUUGACAAGCUAAAAAGCCUCUUUUCAGGCUGACCAAAAAGUUGGUUGUUUUGGAAAGCUUGGGAGCAUAAACAUGGAAGAAUAUAACAAGAGCAGCGUGAAGAAGGCAAGGUUGAACUCAUUGCUGACAACCUUGCUAGAUGAUCCUAUACUUUCUGAUGUCCCCAAGAACCCAACUUUUGCAGAUGUUGACACUCUCAUCAACCUUGAAUUGGGUAGUGCCAUGCGCAUUUCUGUCCUGAAAUUGGAUGGAACUACACUUGAUGUGAUAGUGAUGAAUUCAGCGACAGUCAAGGAUUUGAAACUUGCCAUCAAGAAGAAGGUAAAUGACAUGGAACAAUCCAGCAUGGGUCACCGCCAUAUUUCCUGGAAGCACGUAUGGGCAAAUUAUUGUUUAUCAUGCCAUAACAACAAGCUCCUAGAUGAUAAUGAAGCACUUCAAAAUUUUGGUGUGCGGAAUAAUUCUCAGGUUCAAUUUGUCUCCUAUGUCAUGACAAAAGAAUCUCGGAGGCACUCGAAGAGGAGAAAGCAUCGUUUUUUUCAUGGCCUUAAUAAGCGUUCCUGAUCAAAAUGAUGAAUGAUAGUAAUUAAGGGGUCUAGAUUAGUUCAUUGAUCAAGGUGUGUGAGCAAGAGCGACUUUAGAAUUACAUCAAAUACCUUAAAUUUUAUGAAAUUGAAAUUCUAUGAACUUAUUCUUACAUUUGUCCA